AUGUCAACAGCUACUUUAAUUAAUUUGGUACGAAAUGGAGGGUAUCAAGUAAGAAGGAGAGCCGUGCUCACAUCCCGCCUCUUGCAAGACGAGAAACGCCCAACGGGCGCCUGCUACGUCUCCAGCUCUGAGCGCCAUGUUUCCCGCUUCGAUCCGGAGGGGAGCGGGCGGCCGACCACAUGGGACACCUUUGGCAUCUGGGACAAUCGCAUUGAUGAGCCUAUUCUCCUCCCACCAAGCAUAAAGUAUGGGAAGCCGAUUCCUAAAGUGAGCCUGACCAACGUGGGCUGCGCGAGCCACAUCGGGAAGCGCAAGGAGAACGAAGACCGGUUCGAUUAUUCUCAGCUGACGGAGGAUAUCCUGUACUUUGCAGUAUACGAUGGACAUGGUGGGGCAGCAGCAGCUGACUUCUGUGAGAAGUACAUGGAAAAAUAUAUUAAGGAAUUUCUUGCUGAGGAGGAGAACUUGGAGAAUGUUUUGAGCAAAGCUUUUCUAGAAAUAAACAAAGCCUAUGAAAGGCAUGCUAAUCUCUCUGCUGAUGCAACUCUGCUGAACUCUGGGACCACUGCAACAGUGGCUCUGCUCCGGGAUGGCAUCGAGCUGGUGGUGGCAAGUGUGGGAGACAGUCGUGCUCUGCUGUGCCGAAAGGGAAAGGCCAUGAAACUCACCAUUGACCAUACUCCAGAAAGAAAGGAGGAGAAGGAAAGGAUUAAGAAGUGCGGUGGCUUCGUUUCCUGGAACAGUCUGGGACGACCUCACGUGAAUGGUAGACUUGCAAUGACGCGGAGCAUAGGAGAUUUGGAUCUUAAAAACAGUGGUGUGAUAGCCCAGCCAGAAACAAAAAGGGUUCAGUUGCAUCAUGCACACGACAGCUUUCUGGUCCUUACCACAGACGGGAUUAACUUCAUAGUGAACAGCCAGGAGAUCUGCGACUCCAUAAGCCAGUGUCAUGAUCCUGCUGAAGCUGCCCACGUUGUUACUGAGCAGGCAGUGCAGUUUGGCACUGAAGACAACUGCACGGUUGUCAUAGUGCCCUUUGGAGCUUGGGGCAAGUACAAGAACGGCGAGGUCAGCUUCUCCUUCAGCCGCAGCUUCGCUUCCAGCGGGAGGUGGGCCUGAAGAUCUGCCACAGCCAUCUUUCCCUGCCAUCAUCUGGACACAGGAGAACAUAGCCAUCUGUUCAUAGACUGACUCAGUGUCUUGUCCAUCUCUUCUGUUCCCACUGUUUAGAAGGUGCCACUGCUCCCUUGGUGCGUAACGCCCCGUUGUUGCUUACGGCUGACUAUUCUGCUGCCUGCCUUUAUUCCAGUUGGCACUGAGGCAGCCGUUUGGGAAUGUAGUCCCAGCAGCUCUGCACAUCACUUUGUUCACAUAGACGAGGCUCUGGGCUUUCACCUGAGGCUGGAGGGGUUGCACAGUUGUUCCAUACCUACCUGUAUUCCCCAGGACCCUUAGUGACGUGGCAGCUCUGUAAGUCUGAGCCACAUGCUGGCUCCCUUGUACGUUAAUAUGUGGGGGAACAAACGCACAUUGUUGGGUAGACAGAAAGAGGGCUUGUUGUCUUUCUCUGCUGCAGCCACCCAAAACUCUCCUGUGCUUCAGGAGAACUGGGUGAAAAAUAAGGCAGAAGUUUCAGAAGUGUUUAGGUUCUGAUGCCAGUGGCAUUCAGUGUAGCUGUACAACUUCUGAGACAGUGCUGCUUUGCAGGGCUUUAUGCUCUCACCACCAUCAUCCAUGAUCCUCUAGCUCCAAGGAGACAGACUAGGCUGGAGCCACAUGCUGUUGGACAGAUGGAAACCUUUCUCCAUUGGGUCCAAAGCCCAUACAGUCUCUGUGGACCAUGCAGCAGUCUCCUGCACUGUCUUCUUUUUGCUGUGUCAGUGCUUCACAGGAGCACAAAAGAGGGAAAAAGACACACAGUUUUGAUACCCAGAGACUCUCAUCAACUUGAAUUUUUCUUUUUUUUUUUUUUAAAUAAAGAAAAUAAGCUAAUUACAAAGAGUUUACUCUUCAAGAUUUGAUGUGUAAGACAGUUUAUUUCUUCAUAAAUAUAUGAAGAUUUUCGUGCCCUCUGCUGAAGUUGUCUAAGCUGGGAUCUCCCUUGUCUCUUUAUGGUAUAUAGGGAGAUGUAAAAUGUCCCAAGCAGGCUAGAGAAAGGAGAGAGCGUAACUUAAGGUAAUUUUUGUAAGUUUUGGGUAUUGUUUCUAGGAGGUGUCAGAUAUUCAGACACUACAAGAUAGUUUUAUACUUGAAAGAAGUGUUUCCACUUCUCUUGUUGGGGGGAGUCUGUGUCCAGCGAGGCAUGGGGGGACCAGAGCUCUGAGCCAGCUCAUUUCACUGCUGUGACAUGGACUGCAGGUGACAUGUUGGCAGCAGGUGAAGAUCUGUCCCAGCAUGUCUUGUUGUCUUGUUCAGACCACCUCCUUCCUCCUUUUCACAUCAGGUGUGCAGGUCCUGUGGCCUCUGGGUCACCCUGUUGCAAUGAAAUAUGAGCAGAGAAAAAUUGGUAUUUUCUCAGGCUUGCUGCAGUAUUUCUCAUUCUACAGAUGUUUCCAUCUGCACAAUUGUAAAAUCAAAAGAGGCAAAAGAUACUAAGUCACCUUGCAAAAAAAAUUUCUGAGGUGCCUGCCCUGAUCUUCAUUUUACAGUGUGAAGCACUUAUCUUCAUUACUUUUAUCCCUUUCCUUUUAGUCCAGGGUUACUUAGUCACAUAGGCAGUCAUUCCACACAUUUUUCCUUGCCUCUGGUUGAAGACCUUGCAGCACCCAGCAGAGCACCAUGUUGUACUGCCAUCAUUAGGUACUCGGUGUUUGGAGUGUGCUGGUUUUGUCCCAUCACUUGGUGUGUUACAUGGUGUGUAUAAUGUAUAUAUUCAGUUGAUAAGCACAGAGAGCUUGUGAGUCUGUGUGUAUAAAUCUCUGUUGUACGGUGCCCAGGCCUCUGUAAUGAGAAGUCCACUGUUGUACAAUCAUAAUUCCUUCUAUGUCCUCAGAUUUUCCCCAGGGCUGUGGUUUGGUGUUUGCCUGGGGUCAGAAUGGUUGCUGAUCCUGGGCUCAGCCUGGCUUACCUGAGGCUGGGAUGGCACUUUUAGUUGGGACCAGCAAGAGCAGGUUCUCAGUCUGCAGCAAGUUUGAAAAUUCCCACAACCCAUUUGUGGCAAAAAUAGCAAAACACAGCCUCUCCCAAGCACUUGAGGAGACAUUGCACCUGACAGGUUCAGAGAGCUGCUCUGGUUUGUGCUGCAGCAGGAACACCUGACAGUCUUCCUCCUGCCAAAGUGUCCUGCUAAAACAGCAAGUCUGGUAGUUCCUAGCAAAGGGUUAACCACAGCCAGCAGCAGUUACUCCAGGCACAGGGAAGGGUUGGAGUCAGCCUCUGGAGAGGGAGUUGUUUUGGGGGUGGCUUUGGUAUCAAAUGUCAGACCCACUUGAGGGGCACUGCAGGGCUUUGGACAAGCUCCAUAGACACUGUCCUGUUCUAAAUGCUGUUCCUGUCAGUUUGGGCAGCUAGCCAUCUAUCCAGACAGGGGAUACCAAGGGCUUGGGGGUGUUCGUGACAAGUAAACACAGAUUUAAUUUUUUUUAUGAGCAGUGUUGGGUACUUGCCAAGCUGAAUACGUGGUAUUAAAUGCAGACUGCUAAUGAAAAACACUGCAAAUGAGGAGCAGGUGCUCUGAGGAGUGACCUGGCAGCUAAAACAGCUUCUAAACAUUGACCCAGAUGUAACAUGAAGUGAGAGUUUUCCUUCUCACUGGAGAUUUCUGGGGCUUUUUUUUUGUUUGUUUGCUUUAUCCCUGUGUGGUUGUCUGAUUGCAUAGAGAAUAAAAGCAGUUGGGGGCUUUUAUUCCUCCUAAUAGAGUGGCUGUCCUCUCAGAAGAGGGUCCAUCCAUAACUUCUUUUGAAUUUUAUAAAGGGAUAAGGCAAAUUCUGUGACAUAGAUGAUUAGAUAAAGAUGUACUGGUGGUUGCUAUUACUGCUUUUGUACAAUCACAGAAACACUUAGAUUGGGAAGGACUCCUGGGCAUUAUCUCAACUCCUGUCUUUACCAGUCCAUUAUUUUGGGUGGCCCCUUAACAGCUCUGUUCCCUCUCAGGUCACGUACACGGGCUCCCAGCUCACUACCAUCCCACUUCCUCAUGCUCCCCUGGUCAUGUGGGAAGAGCCAGGGUGCACCAUGCAGCAUGUGCCUGGGGCAGGAGAGGACUGGGGCACCCCUGAUAGCCAAGGGGCCCAUAGGGAUGAGGAGGUAGAGAAAUCAGCUUCAAAGUUUUGGACCCAAGAAGACACUGUCUCCAUAGCUGGUGUAUCCAUACCCAGGCAGCACAUUGCUGCCAAGCUGUUACGAUGCUGGGACACGUCUAAUCGCUGUCCUCCACAUGGCCUGUGUGCACAGGACAUUCUCUGGAUCUUUGGAGACCUCAUCUUCCUGCAGAUCACUGUAGAUGGCUCCCAGCACUGCUGAUUCUCUCAGGUAAUGGAUGCCUUCAUCUCUGUCAGUCCCCUCUGCGGGGGAGUUCACAAGACCAUCCUCACAAUUGGGAAGAGCCAUCUCCAGGGACUGCAAAUUGCUGCCUCUUUUCCAAUUCCUCUCUCAAUUCCCCAGUUCCUAGGAAGGGAUUCCAGCUGUUGGGCUUCCUUACUUUCCAGUUGCUCACUGUCAAUCCUGUUAUCCCAGCCAGCUAUUGGAUGAGCCAGGCAGCAAUCUGCUCACCUGGAGUCCUGUAAUCUUCCCGCAUGUCUCAAAGCUCCGAUGGGGUCAGUGACAGGGUAGUUUCUGCUUCUUGUCUGAAUUCACUCACUCCUUCCUCCAAUUUAUUUGUUGGAGGACCGGCAUCUUGAUCAAACCUUUCCCCUUCUUCCUCCUUCCUUCCUAAUCGAUGAUACGGACCUGCUUUUUUCCUUGACCAGUUUCUUUUGCACUCCUGGGGCAAUUCCUGUAGUUGCUCCUGUUGUUUGGGUCCUGCCUCAACCACAGCCCCCUGAGAGCACUGAACUGUGGCUCCAUAGGCACAGGCCAGGCCCCAGUACAGGGUGAGGGGCUGCUGGUUUUCACUGGGGUAAGGCCAGGCCCCCUUCCAUCAGGUGACACAUCAGUUUUCCAGGGUUGCUUGCCUAUUCAGGUGCAAAGUCCCAGGCUAUGGGAGGUGAUAUCUGUCUUAGGAACCUGCCCAAAUCCUUCCACACACUCUGCCACCCAGGGAAUGCCGCCUCAGGGCGCAUUUCAGUAUUGCUUCAUCCAAACCCUUCUCUUACACCAAGAUGACACCGGAUUCCACCAACCCACAACACACCACCACUGUUGGUUAGUACUGUUCACAGCUCACGUAGGCGUGAACAAGAACCUCUGGAACCUGCACAGUCAUCCACAUCAGUCCCAAGUACGGAGAGGGAGAUGAAUUCCCUCAUCCUCUUACGGAGAUGAGACAGCUCCCACAGAACAGCAAGGCCAUCAGUGCCAGGGACAAAGCCCAGAGCCAUUGUUUGUACUAAUGUGUUCCCAAGUUCAGCAAAAUAAAGAGGUAAGCAGUGCAGCCAACACACUCCAUGACUACUCACACAGGAGCUUCCCACUUAGUAACUGCUGUAGCUGUAGCACACUGGAAACAAAGCUGCCCUUGUCUCGUGCCUCACAUCGGUGCCAAAAAGGACCGUGGAGGGUUGACCUUGUCUGGACAUCAGGAGCCCACCAAGCUGUUCUAUCAGUCCCCUUCUCAGCAGGACAGGGUGGGGGGAGGAAAUAAAAAGGAAAAAAAAACACAUUGGCCAAGACCAAAGGUAUUUUAAUAAAGUGGAUUAAAUAAAGAUUUAGUCUUAGUGUCUGGCCACUUCCUGGGAUGUAGGGCUUUAAGUGCACUGUGGUUGCUCUAGAAGACAAAUGUAACAGCAAAUGCUGUUGUUCUCCCUCCUCCUAACUUUUUUUGCAGAGCAGAGUGAGGGGGGAACAUUGGACAGACAGUGCUGAUGCUGUGGGAGCACCGCUCUGCAGCAGCCAAAACACUGGUGUGUCACCAGCCCCUUUGUAGGUACCAAUGCCCAGCCCAGAAUCGCGGGGCUGCUGUGGGGAAUGAGCUCCAUCUCAGCCAGACCCUGUGCACACUUCUAGGUUUUCUUCUAUCUGGUCACUAAGCCUCCUGCUGCCUGUAGCAGCUCUGCAAGCAACCAGCUGUACACUCCAGGGACCAGCAAAAUGCUCCUGCACAGCAGAGAGCUCCUUUCAGCCUCAGGACAAAGAGCAAAUUGUCCUCACAACAGCAGCUGCCUGUCAGAGAGGUUUAUUGUUCCAGGGUAUUGCAGGAUCUCACACUUUGAAUGAAAAGAAAUGGAAACUGUUUGCUCUGUAGCUCACUGUCUUUCUCGUGCAUCUGAUAUUUCAACAAAAAGAAUAUUUUUUAUUGCAGACUGAAUCAAAGAUGAAGGGUGACCUACUGAGCAGACAGUAACAAGGGUUUGCUUUUCCCCUGCCUUUUAGGGAAUGGAUUCCAAAGCCCAAUGGAUCUGAUAAGAGUAUUCUUUUGCCUGAACACUCCCCCUGAAGCAGGGCAAUCUCUCACUGUACAGGCGCUGCAGGAGGGGGAGUUGUGGGUGCAGAAAGGCAAAAAAUGCUGUCCAGCUGGGUGCUCGUUUUUACUGUAAGGAUAUGGAAGGCAAGGGGGGAACCUCACGUUGCUGGAGGAUUAAGUAGGAGUGGUGUUCACACAGCAGCUGAACAGAAACAGCAGGUGUUCAGAAACCAGCUUAGUCGCUGCCACCUGGAAAGGAGGGGUUUGUGCUUUAUAGAGGGAACUCACAAAAAUGUCCUUUGGAGCCUUGAUUUAAGAGAUCUGAUCUCUCUGGGUGCUGAACACAGUGCAAGAGACUAAAAUGGGGAUGAGAUCCAGUACUUAAUUUAAUAUGGGCCUUCAUUGCAGUCAGUCCCUUUGGACCAAAAUGCUCAGGGCUGGAGAAUAAUGAUGGAGCACAGCUUGUGCUUGAGAAUUGGGGUGUGGAGCAAAAAUCAAUAUCACUGCUUUUUACAUACUUGGGGGAAAUAAAAAUUAUGAGGAGCUUAGACUCACCACAGGAUUUCUGCUGACUUCGACAGGAUCAGGGUAUCAGGCCAUAUUUUCUGUCUCAGCAGGUAGAUGUGCUGUGGUCAAAGGCAUUGGGAUUUCUACCUAAAGGAGAAGCACAAAACAACAGAUACCAGUGAAACUUGAUUUUUUCCUGAACAACAGUCAGUUGGGCACUGCUAGGUCAUUGGUCACUCACCCAACAAGCUGAAUGUAUGGUACAGCAGCACUCUGGGUAUUCCUUGGUUCUGAAGCUGCUGCUCUGCAUGCAGAGAUAUCCAUCGGGACCCAGGACAUCGAGUACUUGGGCAGUGGUGUGUGUCAUAACUUUGUACAGACUCAAGUGCAAUUGCAUACAUUCAUUGCAUAGUUUGCCUUAGGACUGUGUGUAAUUUCUGUGGUUUGAUGUUUAUCUUUGAUGUAAUCAUUGUCCAAAUUUCAUCUGCUACUACGUUUUAUAGAGCUGUCCAUUUUCCCUUUUCUUUUUUCUUUAAAAAUAUUUGCUCAUUUUCAUCAACUCAAAGCUACAGCGGAGGAGAUAAGUCUGUACUGGAAUGCUUACAGGAUCUUGUAAUAAAGAAUUUGCUUCUA